GCGUAGACGAUCUUUCUCCGCUGCUGGUUUUGACGGAGCUGGUGAGGAGAGCGGAGGAUCCGUGUGGACCACAGCUUACUGCUGCUGCAGCGGCCGAGCAGGGGGGACGGACACACCGGCCGGGCACGGUUCCCUUCAGACACACACUGUCACACACGCAUCCACACACACUCAGCUCUCUCACCAUCCUCUCCGGCAUCAGCACACACUCGGAGGCAGAGGAGGGGGGAGGACGCGCAGGAGCCGGGGUCUGCAGCGGAGACGGUUUGAACUACUUCCUGAAGACAGUCAGUGACUCAGAUUUAAUCCUCGCAGAGUGGAUCCAGACUUUGUCACCACCCCGAUUGUGCCGUUGAAUUUGGACAGGAGGUUUUCACCCAAACCAUGGACAGGAACAGGAAGUGGGUGCCGGGCUUCGGGCCUGCGCUAUUGAUACUCUUGAGUCACGUGACCUCAGCGCUCGAAGUGCCUCUGGAUCCUAAAGUACUGGAAGGAUUGCCCCAACCCCCCACCAUAACGCAACAGUCCCCGAAGGAUUACAUCUUUGAUCCGCGGGAGAACAUCGUCAUCCACUGUGAGGCCAAGGGGAAGCCUCAUCCCAGUUUUUCCUGGACAAGAAAUGGGACCCACUUCGAUGUAGAGAAAGACUCCAAAGUCCUGAUGAAACCCGGCUCAGGGACUCUGGUCAUUGACAUCAGCGGGGAGAAGGCCGAGGCUUAUGAGGGGACAUACCAGUGUACGGCCCACAAUGAGCACGGCACGGCUGUAUCCAACAGGAUUGUCAUCAGACAGUCCAGGUCCCCCUUGUGGUCGAAGGAGAGAAACGAGGCCAUCGUGGUGCAGAUGGGGGUCUCCCUGGUGCUGCAGUGCCGGCCCCCUGCAGGGCUGCCCCCUCCUGUCAUCUUCUGGAUGGAUAACAAUUUCCAGAAGCUACCGCUGGAUCAACGAGUGUCCCAGGCUCUGAACGGAGACUUGUACUUCUCGAAUGUCCUCCCAGAAGACAGCAGGUCGGACUACAUCUGCUACGCUCGCUUCCCUCACACACAAACCAUCCAGCAGAAGCAGCCGAUCUCAGUGACCGUGCUGGACAACAGCCCAGAGGGGGAGCACCGCCCCCGCUUCAUGAUGCCUCUGGGCACCAGCAGCACCAAGAUGGUUCUGAGAGGGGAGACUCUGGAGCUGGAAUGCAUUGCUGCGGGCUUGCCCACUCCAGAUAUCUCCUGGCAGAAGGAUGGAGGAGAGCUGCCGGGCGGCAGGACGACCUUUCAGAACUUCCAGAAAACGCUCAAGAUUUCUGACGUGAGUGAAGCCGACGCCGGGAACUACCGCUGCACGGCCACAAACAAGCUGGGCACUGCGGACCACAUCAUCAAGGUCAUUGUCAAAGCGGCUCCUUUCUGGGUCAGCGCUCCCAGGAACCUGAUCCUCGCCCCCAAUGAGACCGGCAUCCUGACCUGUCGAGUCAGCGGAGAGCCCAAACCGAAGAUCACCUGGUUCGUCAAUGGAGUCCGCAUAGAGAAUGCGCCCGAGGACCACACUCGGAAGGUGGAUGACGACACUGUGAUUCUCAGCAAUGUGCAGUCAGGGUCCAGCGCCGUCUACCAGUGCAACGCCUCCAAUGAAUUUGGUUACCUGAUGGCCAACGCCUUCGUCAACGUUCUCGCUGAGGCGCCAAGAGUGCUCACUCCACCCAACAGGGUGUACCAGGUCAUCGCCAACAACCCCGCGUUACUUCACUGUGCCUCCUUUGGAUCACCCAUACCAACCAUCACAUGGUUCAAAGACAGUCAGACCAGCAUUAAGAGCGGCGACCCUUAUGUGAUCCACGAGAACGGUACAUUGGAGAUCCACGUCGCCCAGCCGCUGAACAGUGGAAAGUACACCUGCAUUGCCACCAACAACUUGGGGAUCAAGGAGAACCACGUGUACCUGGAGGUCAAAGAGCCCACCCGCAUCCUCAAGCAGCCAGAGUACAAGGUGGUCCAGAGAGGCAUGAGCGCCUCGUUUGAGUGUAAAGUCAAACACGACCCGUCCCUCAUCCCCACCAUGACCUGGCUCAAAGACAAUGGAGAGCUACCCGACGAUGAGAGGUUCCUGGUGGACACCGACAGUCUGACCAUCAAAGACGUGACGGAUGGAGAUGAGGGCACCUACACCUGCGUCAUGAACACCACACUGGACCAGGACUCGGCCAGCGCCAUGCUGACUGUAGUCGAGGCUACUCCUACUCCGGCUAUUGUCUACGAGAAACCCGACCCACCGACUGACCUGGAACUGACUGACCAGACGGAGAGGAGCGUUCGGCUGUCCUGGAUCCCCGGAGACGAACACAACAGCCCCACACAGAAGUUUCUGAUCCAAUACGAGGAUCUGCUCCACGAGCCAGGAGUUUGGGUCAACCUGACGGAGGUUGCCGGCACCAGCACCACAGCACAGUUACACCUCUCUCCGUACGUGUACUACUCCUUCAGAGUCAAGGCUCUGAACAACGUCGGCCUCAGCGAGCCUAGCCAGUCCUCAAGCCAGUACAGGACAACCCCUGCAGCUCCCGAUGACAAUCCAUCGGAUGUGCGGGGAGAAGGAACAGAGCCUGGAAACUUAGUCAUCUCCUGGACACCGCUGACAGGGUUUCAGUCCAAUGGGCCCGGUCUGGAGUACAAAGUACACUGGAGACAGAAGGACGUGGACGAGGACUGGUCCUCGAAGACUGUGGCCAACGCUUCCCAGUUCGUCGUGUCCGGAACGCCAACCUACGUGCCCUUUGAGAUCAAGGUUCAAUCUCUGAACGAUUAUGGCAACGGCCCAGAAGCUGAUGUAGUGACUGGAUACUCUGGAGAAGACUUGCCUUUGUCUGCCCCUGAUAGUGUCCAGAUCAUGGUUCACAACAGCACUCUUGCAGAAGUCCACUGGGAGCCUGUGUCUCUACCUUCAGUCAGAGGAAAACUGCAGGGAUACAAGGUGUACUACCGUCGAGAGCGUGGCCUGCACGAGACAGCAGGGGGAGCUGAGCAGCAGGAGCACGUUCUGACGUUCAGCGGGAAUCGUAGCGAGGGCCGUCUGCCAGGCCUCGAGCCUUACAGCAUCUACAACGUCUCCAUCAGGGUCCUGAAUAACAAGGGAGAAGGGCCCCCUAGCCCCAGCAAGAGAUUUGAGACACCCGAGGGAGUCCCAGGGCCUCCUUCUUUUCUGAAUGUCGUAAAGCCUGGUUUGGACUCGCUCACUCUGGAAUGGGGCCCACCAGUGAAAAACAAUGGACGCCUCGCUGGAUACAUACUGACAUAUCAACCAGUCAACAAAACCUAUGAACUGGGGCCAGUUAAGGUCAUGAACCUCCCAGCCAAUGAGACCACCUUUACCCUGGACAGCCUGAACUCCAGCAUGCUCUACAAGUUUUACUUAAGUGCAAAGACAAUCAAGGGCCCAGGCCCCACCGUCACACGGGAGGCCUUCACAGUCAUGGACACAAUUCGCUCUCAGCCCACUGUAGAGACGGGCAAAGGCCCCACAGAGCCCCCUCACCCAACCUCCCCCGUCACUCAGUCUCCGCCUCCCCCGUUUCACAAGGUGCCACCUGUAGGCCCGGCGUUCGGCACAGUUAACACGUCGGUAUCGGAGGAGGGUGCGGUGAUCAGUUGGGAUUACUUUGGACACCAUAAGAAUGUAUAUGUGGAAUAUAUGGUAGAAAACAGUAAAGACGACUGGAAAAAGGAGCUGGUAAACGGCUCACACUGGCAUAUGAUAAAAGGUUUGAAGCCGGGGUCGUCCUAUAGGGUGCGCGUGGUAGCUAGAGACCCGGCCGACCCGACGGUCCACAGCACAGAUGAAGUGUUGGUUGCGGUGCCAGCUGUCCCCAGCCGGCAGGUAGACAUCGCCACCCAGGGGUGGUUCAUUGGGCUGAUGUGUGCCAUCGCCCUCCUCAUCUUGGUCCUUCUCAUCGUGUGCUUCAUCAAGAGGAACAAGGGUGGCAAAUAUCCAGUCAAAGAGAAAGAGGACGCUCACCAAGACCCCGAGAUCCAGCCCAUGAAGGAGGACGAUGGGACGUUUGGAGAGUACAGUGACACGGAGGACCACAAGCCACUGAAGGGCAGCCGGACGCCAUCCAACGGGACGGUGCGCCGCGACGAGAGCGACGACAGCCUAGUGGACUACGGGGAGGGCGGGGACGGACAGUUCAAUGAGGACGGCUCCUUCAUCGGCCAGUACAGCGGCAAGAAAGAGAAAGACACGCACGAAGGCAACGAGAGCUCGGAGGCCCCGUCGCCCGUCAACGCCAUGAACUCGUUUGUCUAACGAAGGGCCUCUCGAGACUGCCGAUAACGCCCUCAUCUCCACACCCCACCGGCCCAUGUCACACUGUGACCUCCUCUGAUCAACACACACUCAACAUGGCAAAGACCAACACCACACCCCCCCCCCACCCACAAAUGAGCAUUGGAAAGAAGGUGUGAAUCGAGGGAUGUGAGGACUCUGAGAAGGAGAGGAAGCAAUAUAGAAAAGCAGAAGGAAUGUACCAGAGGGAGUUUCACCACUCGGACUGAGCAGAAGUGUGGCCAAGUGUGUGUGUGUGUGUGUGUGUGUGUGUGUGUGUGUGUGUGUGCGUGCGUGCGUGCGUGUUAGUGCCAUUUGAUCUCCUUUGCAAACACACUAAACAUGAUGUAUCCAAAAAUAUAUAUUUUAUCAAAGUACAGUACAGUACUUGACCCGCAGGCAGGCAAAUAUGCAUCGAAUCACGCUCAUCAACACCUGCAUGGACUAAAUCAUGAUUCUAUUAAGCAUUUUACCAUCUUGUGUCAGUUGUUGCGGAGGUGAGCUGCGUGUUGAGACUGUAUAUGGUGCACGCGUACUAGUGACUGGGGUUCGCCUCUUAUUGUUUUCUCUUUUUUUCAGUCAAAGUGUUCAAUGGCGUACGAUAUAUAGAAAAAAAAAGGGCAGCGGUGUCUUUGUGGACACUGCUGUGAAAUGUGUGACUCAAAGUAGAAGCUAGCAGUCUUUUCGAGACAGAUGAACUGUUUGUACAUAUGUAAUAGAAUAAGAAGAAAGCUAUAUUUCAAGGUCAGGGAUGUCCAUUUGUAUUCAUCGGAAACCUGGCUAGAAACACUUUGAACUCAGUGUUCGAUCACUCGUUCUCACACCAGCCAGCCAAGCCAGAACUCCCACACUUUCCAAUCGACCUGUUUUUGAGCCUCGUGUUUUCUCAAGCUUUUCCUAACUUCGAAUUUUAAAUGUUUGCGUCUCUUUUCUGAUCUAGCGUAUUAAACACCGAAACCUCUAUGCUCCGUGUUCCCGAGCACUUACUGAACCCAAAUGGAAGUGUCACUGAUCCAGCGUCAUCAAGUGCUUCCACCCCAAAUCGCCUACCGAGCAGGCAUUUGUUUUAGGUGAUCAUGGCAAUAUCAGAAAUAACCACUCCCCCCCUCCGAUAUUGUGUCCUGAUGGCAUUUCAACUUAGCUGCAGAAAAAAAAAGAUCCUACAUGCCGAGGUUGACUGAGAGUGCACACUGUAGUUUUUGGAUGUUUUCGAUGUUGGCGAUGAAGAAGCUCUCAGCACGGUUUCUAGUGCCUUUGUAGAGAACAGUCACUUACAUCCAUAGAACAACAUCCCUCUUCAUACACUGGACAGACCUGGGCUCAGUGCAGUUCAAGCAGAAUCCCACUGUACUUUAACUUUAAAGGCUAUGCUAGUAUUCAAAACUACAUUAGGCAUUCAAUGAAAUGUCUAUGAAAUGUGUUGAAACUAAGACCCUUUAUGUGAGCUAGGUGGUCAGUAAGUAUUGUGAAACAUCAGUGCAGGCUUAUUAACUUCAGAUACCCUCCUCGAGUCUUUAAAGGUGCAAUAUGUAAGAAUUCAUACUCCCAACAAAUGGGGUCGGCAUAUCUCCACAGUCACUGCUAACUGCUGCUAACUGUAGUCCAUGAACGUAGUUAUUGUUAGCUUGUUAGCUCAGUUAGCCAUGCAGCUAGCCAGUAUUUACGUUUGGACUACUGGGAGAAAGGUUUUCAGGCCCGGGGCUAGCUGGUUAGCAUGCAAACUUCAGUAAAUAAUCAGCAACACAAUACAUAGCAUAACAGUUGAUGAUUUAAUUAGCUUGUCAGUGUUUUAAAUUAUAAUUCUUACAUAUUGCCCCUCUUAAUAAUUUCCAACAGGGCUGAAAACUACCAUAGACAAGACCUUUUUUCGCAGUUGUAGGCUGGCAUUAGUUGCGAGGAACAGAUUGUUAUGGCCUUGUUGACAAUCAUGCACCCAGUUAUCAUCAGUCUGUGUACCAAAUCAUACCAUCCAUCUCAGAAAUAAAGGCUGAGGGGA